GCGGCGGCCGCGACCGCAGCUCAACACUCGGCCAAGAAGUCAAAGAGUGGGGCGAAGAAGUCGAAGAAUAAGGGAUCCGUUGACGUGAACGACGAGAACACCAAACGCUUUGUCGAGCGUCUCGGCCGAGAGGACAGCCAGUCGUGCGGUUGCGACGACUGCGUGAAGUACGCCAGCGAUCGCCAGACGGCCGACGAUAUGGCCGUCAAACUCGUGGCCGACGAGGAGAAGAAGAAGAAGAAAUCGGAGAAAAAGAAAUUACAGAAAAAGAAAAAACGCGACAAAAAGAAGGCCGAAAAGGAGACCGCGAAGGACUCGACCGCUACCUCUUCGGCGGCCAAUCACUCGAAGACCGAUUGCCAAAAGAAUGUCAACAAUAAUAAUACCAAUAAUAACAACAAUAAUACGAAGAAUAGUAAUAGUAAUCAAAAUAUUAGCAAUAAUUUGAAUAAUAAUAACAAUAAUACGAGAAAUAACUCGAAAAUGUUGGACACAAACGCCGCCAAAGGGACGAAGAAUGAGCAGAAAAAUGAACCGAAAAACGCUCAGAAAAAAGUGGCCAAAAACGCGGCGAAAAACUCGACCGAAACUAAGAAUAACAUAAAACAACAAAACGGCGCCAAAUCGGGAGACAAUCAUUCGUCCAAUAAGUCGUCGCCGAAGUCAGCGGACAAAGAGGGCGAACACCACUCGGGAGGCAGCGGUUCGGGUGCCGAAGAGGACGAGCUGUCGUUCAACAGCGCAUUUGUGGCACAAAUUGCUCAAAGAAAGUCGAAACCCGCUGCGGGUCCGCCGCUGACCAAAGACCAAAAGGCAAAGAACAUAGAGGAGAGCAUAAGUCUGGCCAUUCAGGCCAACCAAAAGGCCGAAAACAACAAAUUCACGGAAGCGAUAGACCUGUUCUCGCAGGCGUUGGCCUACAAUGUGAACGAUUACCGCUUUUAUGUGAACCGAUCGUAUUGUUACGACAGUAUACAAGACUUUCGGUCGGCGCUGAGAGACGCCGAGACGGCCAUCCAAUUGCGUCCCGAUUGGCCGAAGUGUCACUACAGACGCGGCAAAGCGUUGGCCGGACUCAAGAACUAUCACGAGGCGGAGAUCGCCCUCAAAAAAGUGCUCACUUUGGAGGCCGACUGCGACGAAGCGCUGUCCGAGUUAUGGCACGUCCGGUACGGCGCUAUCGUCGACACCGGUUACGACACCGCCGACGCUAACCUAUACUCGUCUCAAUACGACUCCAUCGACGAGGCUUUGAAGGCGCUGUCCCUCAAGAGUAAUGAACAAAAACAACAUAAUUACAGCCGAAUUGCCACCAAAAACACGGAUAACAUGAACGGCAACCCAUUUGGCGGCGGUUUCGGCGGCGGUGUCCGCAAAAGCAACAGUUUCUCCGACGACGACAUAUACGUGUCGGACGACGAGUACAACGCCGUCGCCCGGGAGCCCACAUUUGAAGAGACUUCACCGACCAAUCCGUUCGGUUGGAAAGCCCUUUGGGUGGGGAAUGUGGCCGCAGAGGCCAAACUCGAUACAGUGACGGCGCUGUUCCGCAAAUUCGGUCAACUAAACUACUGUAACAUCUUUAAGGGCACGAAUGGGGGCUCAUUCAUACUCGCCCACUACGACAACUCCGAGUCGCCCCGUAAAGCAAUGACCAAAUAUCAGGGUAAAGUGAUUCCUGGGAUUAGUAUUAAGGAAAUGCCGCUAACGAUACGCUUUCGACCGAAUAAAGACCAGAAGAAACCCAAUUACGACCAUCGGCUGGAGUCGGACGAGUGCUACUACUGGCGCACGACUGGGUGCGCGCGCGGCGACAAAUGCCUUUACAAACAUAUUCAGGCCAAUCGUGGUGUCGACAAACAGGCCUGGAUGUGCAAUCCGCUCAAAAAAGGUCUCCAACCCUUUCAAAAGCCUAAAUAAGUGCUCCGCUCCGGGAGGGGACAGACCUACCCGUCCACACAAUGUGUCCCAAUAAAUAUAUUACUGAAUAAAUAAUUGGAUAAACAAUAAUAAUUUGAUUGACUUUUUGUGUUCACUUACGAAGUGUUAUGUUAUGAAAAAAAAGUAUAUUUUAUGAAAUGAAUCGAAACGUAUGUAUAAU